AUGAAUUUUAUUGAGAUGUGUGCACUUCUAUUUCUAUUGGCGUAUGUUAAUUCAGCUCCAAUGAGGGACUUGGAUCCAGUUUUUGAGGAGAUUGAUCGGUGUCUCUAUGAAGGAACCUCCAGCAAUGCUAAAUUAAGAUCCCAGUGGCGUACUGUGAGACGUUAUUUCAUUAGACGUAGCAAUACGACUGAGGCGUUAGAAAACUCCACAAUGAACUCAAAUGUCUCAGGAUCUGCCUCCUUAUCGGAAGUCAAUAAACCACCUGUAACAUCAGGAUUUAGUCAGGAAUCAGGUAUUGACAUUACUCCAGGCUCAUCUCUUCUUACUCAAACAACCUUCAGUCCAUUAAAAGUUCACUAUGAUGAUUACAAUUACCCUGGUUUGGCACCGUAA